AUGAGCUUCUCUGAGCUCGCGUUCCAAAUUUGUAGUCUUUACAUUGCCCCAAGCGAGAUCGAGCCCGUGGCCCUUCGAAACAUCAUCAACCGGUCGUACUCGACUUUUAGAGCUCCGAGCGUGACGCCCACGGUGACGCUGAAUAAUGCCAGAACGAUACAUUUGCUGGAGCUGUGUCAUGGAGAGACAUUUGCCUUCAAAGACAUCGCGCUGCAGUUCUUGGGGAAUGUAUUUGAGUUCUUCCUGGUCAAAAAGAACGAAGGAAAGUCGGGCAAAGAUCGGGAGCACUUGACAGUCCUUUGCGCAACAAGUGGCGACACUGGAAGCGCCGCGAUAUACGGCUUGAGAGGCAAGAAAGAUGUCUCGGUGUUCGUCAUGUAUCCGACAGGGAAGGCACGCCCCCGCUCUUUUUGCAGCUCGGAUUUUGGGGGCUGGUGA